AACAGCUUAAAUACACAAAUCAAAUUUCAGUGUGGUCGCCAUCACAAAACCAAACAUCUUUAAAUUUUUAUACAUUAAAUUAAAUCCUAGUUAAUAACUAUAUAAAAUGAAUUUCGGAUCCCAACCAACAACUACAACACCAAGUUUGUCCUUCAAUCUUCCCACCCAAACAUCUCAACCUUCACUAACAUUCGGCGGUUCUGGUGGCGGAGAUGCUGGAGGUAUUAAACCAACACUCGGUCUGCCGGCAACCACGAUUGGCGGGAGUUUCUUUAGUACACCAUCGUCAAAUGCCCCAACAACCAGUGCACCAGCACCAACUCUCAAUUUCGGAUCAACUGCACCAUCUGUAGCAGCAACCGCCGCUCUAACAACAUCAGCAGCUCCAGCUUUGAUGUCAGUUCCCAAAACAACUUCCACAGGAUUGACUAAUUUAACAACUGCCACCAAAACAACUGAUUCUAAUGCAGCACAACAAUCAUCAACACAAAUUACAUACAAUCAACUCGAAGAACACAUCAACAAAUGGACAUUGGAGUUGGAAGAGCAGGAAAAAGUAUUCACCGAUCAGGCGACUCAAAUUAAUGCUUGGGAUAAGAUUUUGAUAAGUAACAAUCAGAAGAUUCUCGAACUAAACGAUGCAGUGCAAAAAGUUAAGAGUGAUCAGCAAACUCUUGAACAGGAACUUGAAUUUAUUGCCACUCAACAUGCUGAAUUGGAAGAGAGUAUUGUUCCAUUGCAAAAGGAAUUUAUGAAGAUUCCUCAAGUCGAUAUGGAACGUUCGCAAACUUAUUUGUUGGUUGAGAAUUUGGACACACAGCUAAAGCAAAUGUCUGAGGAUUUGAAGGAAAUUAUUGAUAAUUUGAAUGAAUCAAAUAAGGGUCAAGAUAGUACAGAUCCAAUUAUUCAGAUUGGCAAGAUUCUGAAUGCUCAUAUGAGUUCGUUGCAGUGGAUUGAGUCAUCUUCAUCGGCAAUAUCUAAUAAAUUGGAUGAUAUUACAAAAAUGCAUGAGUCGUUUAAGAGAGACUCGGAAAGGUCUUUUAGAUCUGCUUAUUAUAACUGAUUUUGUUAAAUUGUUCUUUUGGAAUUUUUUUUUGUGUAUCGUUAGUUGUACAAUAGUUUAAAAUAAAAUGAAGAAAAAUUAAACUUGA